AUGUUGGCGGCGCGAGCUCUGCGGCCGCUUGUGCUGGGCCGGAUGAUGACGGUGGCGGCGGCGGUGGCGGCGGCGAACCGUACGGCAGCGGCGGCGGCAAGUGCACCCGCCGCCGCGAGCCUCUGGGAGCUAGAGUACCAAGAACUUGCUCUGAUGGCGCUGCACACCGGAAAGCUGGCAGCGGCGGCGAGGGCCGGCGGCGCCGGCGGCAGUAGGUGCCGUACGGCUGCGGCGGACGGGGGACCCGAAACACCGUGGCUUACCGUACGGAGCUUAGGGUAUACGGUCCCUGCCGCGAACGUCAGCUCGCUGAAGGUUGACGCCGCCGUCACGCUGACGGUGCCGCCGACGACAUCGUUGGCAACGGCGAUGCCGCCGCCGCCGCCGCACCCCGUCCAAAUGCAAGUCAAGGAACCCAGCGGCGGGCCAGGCGCGAAAGGCGCUCCGUCAGCUUCGGCGGCGGCAAAUGGCUGCGGGGAGGGGCCUGUCAGCGGCGGCGAAUGCAGUACAACCCGUACAACAGACCUUUCGUACUUUCACAGCCUAAUCACGUAUCAGCCUCAGCAAAUGAGGAUGGGGAUCUCAGUGUUGGUUCCCGAGGCUGAGGAGAGAGGCGACGACGGCGCGGCGGCCGCGGCGGCGCCGUCGUCACUGCCGGAGCUCCCGGCGAGAACGAUGAAGGAGAGGAAUAGCGUCAAACGUGCCGCGGCGACGGUGGAGGCCAGCAAAGUGCUGUGCAAACGCAUGGAGGCGCGUGUGCGCUCCGGGCGUCCCGUACUGGCGGAAGCUGCGGCGGCGGCGGCGGCGGCGGCUGAUUCAGUGGUGAUGGCGCCGAUGCCGGGCUCAGUCGCGCCGGUGAUGACUCCACUGGCGGCAUGCAUGCUCGAGGAUCUCAUGACGGAGUGGCCUGCGUACGACAGUACGGCAGCCGGUGGCGCUGUGGGUGCUGCCGCUGGCGCAACUCAGCCACACGUCCUUUACGCCCCUAAGCACUUGGUCAGCUGGGCGAGCGAAUUGAGACCUUGGCCAGAGGAGAAGUCGGAACAAGGCAAGCCUCAGAAGCCGGCCACAUCCUCGCAUCCACAUCACCAGCAGCAGCAGCCGCAGGUGCACGGAGGAGCGGAGGACGCCCCAAGGCGCAAGAAGAUAAAAUUCAUCCGGCGCUAUGUUACUGAUGGGUUUUAUGUCCCUCCGCAUCAGUUGGAGAAAAUGUUCAUCAUGGGGAAGAAAACAAAAAGGGAAGGACUCGCCCCGGGUGCGACGGGCGCGGCAGAGAUGGCGAUGAUGGCAGCGGCAGAGGGCAUGAUGGCGCCACCGUCGCCCGCUCCCGGCGAGGCUUCCGGAUCUGCUGACGCCGCUGAGGCCAACGGCGCUGACGCCGCCCCCGAGGUACCGUCUAGUCCAAGUGCCACCACGACGACGACGACGACGACGACGACGGAGGAGAAGGAGGACGAGGAGAAGUCCGCGGACGCAGCACAGCCGGCGGCGGCGGAGCCCCUCCUAGGCGGCUCAGCUCUGUCGAUGUUGAGGGCUGCAGCUGCAGGUUCCUCGAGACAGCAGCAGCAGCAGCAGCGAGAGGAGCAGAAGCAGAAGCAGCAGGGGCAGCAACCAUCACGUCCGCCGCCGUCACAGCAGGAGCCAGCUCCGGCAUCACAGUCGGCCUGGCCACCGCCGCUGGCAUCGCAGCCGCAGCACCGCUCGUCGUGGCCAAUGGGGCUGAAAGGGGCGUCUGGCGGCGGCAACAAGACGGCGGCAAGGCCUGCACGACCGCAACAGUGCUACAUGGAAGGAUUUUAGCCGUCCGUCUGUGCUCUUGUUCGUCUAUCUGCAUGUCUGUCUGUCCAGAUGUGUGUUUGUCUGUCUAUCCAGAUGUGUCUAUAAAAGAUUGAAAUGGACAGCUUGACGCGUGUGUUGACCGUACGUACGGUGGCAUGUGAAAUAAGCAUGGAUUCGCGUUCUGAGCUAGCGUCACCUGGCGGCUUUGAGGAGUCGGAUUUGGAGGAGAAGGGCAGAUGAUACGCAUCGGAUCGGACCUGAAUACGCCGGAUGUGACUAAUUUCUCCCAGUUGUCGACUUGUAAGGUUUCAGAACAGC